CUGUCUGGUGAGGUGAGGCGGCGAGAGGCGGCUGCUCUGAUGUUUACGUGGUUGAAAAUGGCUGGGAAGAUAGCAACUUUUUCUCGCAUUGCCUGAAAGAAGGUGUCGGCUUAACGUCGCUGGGAUAAUAGUCGAACAAAGAGUGCUGUGUUUUGAAAGUCUCUUAAAGGUGAACAAUCGCAGACUUUCAGCGAAAUCGAUUGGAUUUUGUUAUUAUUAAAGGUUGCAACAGACUUAGAUGCAGAAUUUAUCAUAUAUUGUGCAGUAAAUUAGAAGAAUUGUAAGAAUGCACGAACUUUUCACCCAAGUCCUAAGUAAAAAGGAUUUGUCUAAGGCCGGGGAUUUAUUUUCUGUGGCUGAUGCUGAAAUUGUAAAUGAUCUCACCGAAGUUGUUACUACUAUUUCUGAGAUUGCAAGUCUUCCUGAUUAUGCCAACAACGACAAUGAUCAAAGUGUUGUUGAAAUCUGCAUUACAAGAGUCACAUCUGCUAUCAGAGAAACUAACUCGAUUGAGCAGCAUUCAGAGGCACUUGUGUCUCUACUGGAAUCCUGCCUUAACCACAAUCUGAAACCAUCUGCAAGAGAUGAAGACCCUCCACAUGCCAAAAUUUCUUCAGAUAUCAUCUCUUGCAUUUUUCUGAACUACAACAAAAAGGAAGUCAUGCGUCGUGCUCUUCCAGUUGCAGUAAAAUUUCUUCAUAAAGGCAACAAGGAACUUUCCCGGAAUAUGUCUUCAUACUUGUCACUUGCUGCCAUUGAAAAUGCAGAUCUAUUGUCCAAACAUAUCCAGUUGAUAAUUGAUUCAAUCAUAUCAGGAAACUUUUCUUUAUGUCGUGUUGUCCCACAAGUUUAUGAGGUGACAAAAGAACCUGUGCAUGAGCAUGCAAUGGCUUUAGUAUCACUCCUCCCACUCUGUGAAAAUCAUGAAAAGCUGGCAUUACUCUCUUUAUUUGCUAUGAUAGCUAAGAACAAACCUGCUCUUUUGGAACCAAGCUUACCUCAGCUUUGUGAAUAUCUGAGUCAAGCUUCUACUGCUUCAGAUACAAUGAAAGUUUUUGUGAACAUGGCUGAAAAGAGACCUCAAUUAUUAAUUGAUCACUUGUCAGAAAUUAAGAAAGUUGUGGAAUGUUAUCCAAAUACAUUAUGCCUAGCUGCUCAAGUAAUAUCAUCAGUUGGUAAGCUGAGCAAAGAUAGGGCUCAAGAGGCUCUGAAUUUUGUUCUGGAGCAUCUGCCUAAGGCAGAUAGGGGCUCGCAACACACACUUUUGCAUGAAGCCACACGGCUUUGUAGCUCUUAUCCUGUUUUAUUCACUGACAAAAUGCUGCAAGGGGUUCGCCAAUGUGGUCAGAGCCGUAAUGCCCCUCAUGUGAAUUUAACCUCAGGAGGAGUUACAAUUGUGAAAGUUGGAGGAAGUGGUAGUGGCACUGCUAGUUCUGAAACAGGAUUAUUGGAUGGUACUGGAGGGCGGAAAAGCGCUGCCAGCAAUCGCCAGUCUCAUUCUGAAGCUAAUGGUGCCCUUAACAGACAAGAGGCUAAUAGGCUUGUUUUAAGUCGGCCAAGGCUAGGAGGUGAUAGUCGAAGUACAGGGCGCUUGCAUGUCACCGGGGCUCAUCGGAGUAUGACCAGACUUAAUAUAACUGGUGGAGGAAGUGGUGGAGGAGGAGGAGUUGGAGGGGGAGGAGGUGGUAACAGUAGCCGAUUGGGGUCUGUUGGAGGACUACAUAAGAGCAUGACCAGACUCAGUUCAACACAACAAAUUAAUUUAGUGCCAAAUAGUAGCUCGGCACAUUCACCUACCAUCCCUGGACCAUUAGCUCAAACUUCACUGAGCUCAAAUAAUCGUUCUGUAACUGCUAUCAAUAAUAAUCAAAGAAAUAGUCAGUAUGGGAUAUCAAGUGGUGGAGUCACUGUCACAACAACUCAAGAUUCUGCUGCUUCUGCUCGCUCCAGCAUUGGGGGCAGUGGAUCUGUUUUGAGAGAUGAUCGUGAGUUGGUUUCAAUCUCGACUUCUUUUCCGCUAAAUGGUCCUCCUGUAACAGUCCACACUACUAGAGAUCCUGCAGGCAAUGUUGUGGGAUCCAGACUUCAGCACACUCAUAUACAUUCCUCGUCCCAGCAGUCUCAAUUGCAAAGUUCAAUAUCAUCUCAGUCUGUGCUCUCUUCACAUACGUCAAAGCUAUCAUCCAGCCAAAUAGCAAACCAUCAUGUUAUGGUAAACUCACUUCAAAACCAGCAGCAACUUCAGCCUUUGCUUCCAACACUACAUCAGCCAUCAUAUAUGGUCACGCAGCCCCAACAACCACUUAUGCAGCAGCAACAAUUGCAUCAGCAGCAGCAACCUCCAUCUGCCCCAACUCCAGCUCCACCAUAUGCAUCCAGUAAUCAUGUGGCCCAAGUUCAGCCUUCCUCUUCUGCGUCAAAUCAAAACCAGACUCCUGCAUAUUCAAGUGUAGUAACUCCUCGACGACAAAACACUAGUGUUACAAUUAUAUCAAGUAAUUCAAAUACAAACAAUGCAUCAAUGGCCGCUGCCUCUCAGAGAAUCAGUGUAUUUGAACCAUAUCCAAUGAGAGAUACUGUACAACAUUUUUGUGAGAAGCACCUGGAUAAAAUCAAAGCAUAUAUGGAGAAUGUGUCUGUGCGCAUACCACCACCAGCGAAGUGUACCAUUGAAGAGAGGAGAGCUAAAAAGGUGGCUAAGCUACAUUUUGCCUGUCAAGGUAGAGGGGAACAUUGUCUUUACAAUAGAACCUUUUUCACCAUGAAAACAAGAAACCCUCGCAUUUGGAUUCACUUGAUGUUCUUGUCUUUACAGGCUAGAUCACAGUCCGCUCUAAGCUCAAGAGACUCCUCUGUCAGCAGCUUAAAAAAUUGUUGGGAUAUUUUGAAGUGUGAAAAUAAGACAUUUUUGACAGUGGUGACUUCAGCAUUUCCAUGUUCAAAGGAUCAGGAGACUCUUCUGAAUGAGCUGAGACAUUCUGGCUUUUUUGAUGUGCUAGAGUGUGUACGUGUAGGAGGAGGAGGGAAUAGCAUACUUGAUGGGCCCCUUUGGGGCUGUUUUCUUUGCAACCAUCCUGAACGAGCUGUUGGGUUUCUGCAAGAUUCUCAACCUGUGAUUGAAGGACAGCUAAAGGAAAAAAAGGGCCGUUGGCGUUUAUUCAGGCGGUGGCGAACCCGUUACUUCACUUUGUCUCCAGCACAUUUGUCAUGUAAAGGAUCGAAGGAUGACAAGGAUGUGACCCCGAUUGAGGUCAACCAGAUCCGUAGUGUAAAGGUCAGUCGAGGGGCACGCAAUAUACCUAAAGCGUUUGAAAUAUUUACUGGAGAUCAGUCUCUCAUUUUGAAACCUAAAGAUGGUAAAAAUGCUGAGGAAUGGGUACAAUGUCUUUCGGUGGCAUUAGCACAUUCUCAUGCUCGCGAUUCCCCAUCUAACAAGACACACUCUUUACCAGCAACUCUACGUACACCUAUUUAGUUGGGUCAUUUAAUACCAACUCGGUAUAUUUUAUUUUAUUGUGACUACCUUUGCUUCUUGAUUUUAGUUUCAUAAAACUAAUAUUUUUGGGGAAUAGACUGAAAAACCUCAAUUCCAGUUUUCUUUUGAUGUUUAUUGUCAAGUUUUGAUUGAUGUACACAAAAUUUGUAUAUGGGGCAUAUAUUUUUUUAUGGCUAAUAAUAUUUUAUUGUAUUGCAUAUUUAUUACAAAUCUGUACAGACUUAUUAUUGUUAUUAAUAAUUUUGUUAUUUUUUUAGAAUGAAAAUAUUUAGAAAGUUAAUGAAUUUGCUCAUUGUCAUUGUCUCAUUGUAUUUUUUAUUGGUGUCUGGUCACACAUUCCAGAGUUAUAGUUUGUCCAGCUGAUUAUCCAGUCUGCUGUAUAAAAUAAAUACUUUUCGAAAAAUA